AUGAUUAAAGAUCUUGAUGAUCUGCCUCCCGAGCAUCAAGAUCUUUUGGAGCUUAGUGAAAUGUUGUGGGAGGCUAAUGACACAAAUACGACUCGAAUACUAGAACUAGCUGUUAAUUUGGUUCAAAAUAAUCAAUUAACCAUCUUCAAUGUAUUAGCGAUGAUAGAUUAUAUAUGCUCAAAACGAAUAAAACAGCUUAACUUUUAUGAAAAUUUAUAUUCUGGUGUUAUAGCUGCACUAAAUUAUCAAAUCAAAACAAAGUUACGCUUUGAAUCCAAAUAUCUUCAAGCAUUAUUAGUAUUAAGAAGAAAAAUAAACUUUUAUGCACCUUCUGAAUUCGAAAAUUCUACAGAACAAGAAAUUUUAGAUAUAUAUCCACAAGGAACUCUUUCUCAUAUAAUUUUCUGGGAUAAAUUCGAUGAUUUACAGACUAUGAUAACCAAUACCGUCGAUUUUAAUAAUCAAAUGAUGAUAAAUAAAGAAUCGUUACUAGAUUUUUCUUCAAGAUGCGGAGCUAUUAACUGCUUUAAGUUCUUUGUAAAUAGUGGAUGCAAAAUUACUAAGGAAACAUUCAAAAAUUCGUUUAUUGGCAAUUGUUAUGAAAUAAUUCAUAUUUGUGAACGUAGUGUAGAAAUUACUGACUGGUGUAUACGACUAGCUGUUAAUAAUCAUCACAACGAGGUUGUCGAAUAUCUAGUUGAGAAAUAUGGAAUGACAUUUACUUGGAUGUCUCCUUUGAACAGUUUUAACUUCAAAUGCUUCUACGAGAAACUCAUAGGAGCUACUAAUAUAGAUGAAAUCGAUGCUACUGGCCACUCAGCGCUAAUGGCAGCAACAACUUGCGAAUUUGCUUCAAUUUGUAACCUUCUUCUUGAUAUGAACGCAAAUAUUGAACUUCCAGACUACAAUGGAAACACAGCCUUGUUUUUAGCAAUGAUGAACAAUCAUCCUCAUAUUGUCAAACUACUUUUAGAAAGAAGGGCAAAUGUGGAUGCAAUAAACAAUAGCUCAUUGACACCUCUUAUCGCUUCUAUCAAGUAUAAUAAGACAGAAUGCGCGGAAGUUAUUAUUCGGUACGUAUCAAACGUAAAUUAUUGCGAUAGUAAUGGCACAACGCCUCUCAUGUACGCAGUAAUUAAUAAUAAUAUAACUAUGGUUAGACUUCUGUUAGAAAAGAAUGCAAAUAUUGAAUUCACAACAAAUGAGAAAAAUGCUAUCUCUUUGGCUUCAAAAUUUAAGAAUGCAGAGAUACUAAAGAUGCUAACUGACCAUCAAAGAAGAACGAAAUAG